AUGAAGCACACCACGUACCUCUUGGCUCUUUUCGCUACCGUUGCGGUUGCCGCACCCGCAGGUGUGAAGCGUAGCGAUGAGCUGGACACCUGCGAGUUAACCUCUGAUGGGAGCACCGGUGGUGUUGACAACGAGACCGUCGAGGAUGUGUCCAUCCUUGAUGCCAUAUGCUCGCUGGGCACCCCGCUUUGCUGUGAUGGCAAAUCUCUGAAGUGCAUCGCUCUUACUGUUGAGCAAUACGGAAAGGCUUCCUUAUUUUCCUAUGUCGAGAUCCUGACGCUCUAG